AGUCCUACAUUAUGCAUUUCAGGCUCCAUCAGAAUUUUAUGAAUGAACAUGUCGAAGAGACCACUUUUAUCCGUCUCAUAGGGGUUACUGAUUCACCGCGCGCAGCUUUAAUACAGCAGCGCCAAUUUACUCAAACACAUUGUUAAUUACGAAUUAAAAUGUAACCAUCAUGUGCACAAACAUACUCUGAAAGCUUAUAUGCCCCCCUCUUGUGUGCUCUGCAGAGGCGCUCCCCGCGCGAGGAAAUGGUUCAGUCCGUUUCAUUCAUAAAAUUCAGACGACUAUAAAUAGGAGCUCGCGGAGCUGAGUGUCACUUGCCAGGUUUAUCAACCUGGAGAGAGCGACUCCAACAUCAAGAAGCGAGGCGUCUGGAUCAUUAAAGCUGGACUCUGGAAGGUAUUAGAAAUGUUCCCGAGCAAAGAGAAGACUGAGACGGACUCCCCAUCCUCUAUGGCCGGGGAAACCCGCCCGCAAAAACCGAUGGACAGCAGCAGCAGCGCACAGGGCGAGUCUCCGGGCGCGUUCGUCCCGACGGUCACAGCGAUCUCCAGCACCCCAGACCUGCAGUGGAUGGUCCAGCCGACCAUCAUCACCUCCGUGUCUCCGUCUCAAGGCAGAACCGACAGCAAUGAACCGGCAAAGAGCAAACCAGCGGGAAACAAAGGGAAAUGCGCUGCGCGGAAGAGCAAGAGCGAGCAGCUCUCUCCUGAGGAAGAGGAGAAGAAGAGGAUCAGGAGAGAGAGGAAUAAAAUGGCUGCAGCGAAGUGCCGCAACAGACGGAGAGAGCUCACCGACACGCUCCAGGCCGAAACAGAUAAGCUAGAAGAAGACAAAGCUGCCCUCCAGGCUGAAAUCGAGAGCCUCCUGAAGGAGAAGGAGCGGCUGGAGUAUGUCCUGGCCUCUCAUAAACCUCUUUGCCAAAUGCCCGAAGAGCUGGACUGCUUGUUCCCUGAGUCCCCUCAGCCUCUUCCCGCUCCAGAAUCGUCCAGCAAACUCCCAGAGGACAGUCCGCAAGAUGCCGCCUCACUGCAGGACCUGGAGAUCCCUACAGUACCGUCAAGCGCCAUUUCUGGGAACUCCAACAUCCUGCUGUGUUCCAGCGCGGAGGUCAGCUUGUGCGACCUAGAGCCGUCUCUGGAUGUCAGGGACGAGCUUCUGGCCGGCAGCGGUGGGGAUGAUGAUCGUGUUUCGGCUCGUUCCGUCCCAGACAUCGACCUAAGCGGCUCGCUGGGCAUCACAGACUGGGAGACGCUCUACAAGUCAGUGGCCAAUGAUCUGGAGCCUUUGAGCACCCCAGUGGUGAGCACUUCCACCCCCACCUGCAGCAACUACCUGUCCGUGUUUACCUUCGCCUGCCCUGAGCUGGACUCCCUGGCCGAGGGACUGGACGUUUGCAAAUGUGGCGUGACCAAAGCAGAGUCUAGCGUCGAUAUCCUCAACUCUCCAACCCUUCUUGCCUUAUAAAUGUACAUGAAAAAGGUCGUUGCACACUGAAGUCCGAAAUUCUCAUAUGCAUUUUUUCGUGUCUGAAAAAUUCGUCACACACACAAACUUGCCGAGUCUGAUGCAUAUUAAUUUUUCUGAUAAAACACAAAACAUUUAACAGUC